AUGGUCUGGGAAAGGUUGAUGUUGUCCUCUUUCCAACCCAGCCUCAAGUUAGCGCUGAAGGGCCGAGGCGGUGAGCGGCCACGCGAUGUCGUACAGAAGGCGGACGGUGGCAUGUCUCGGUCGUUUUUCUCGGAUUGCGGCGCGCAACUGGCGGAGCUACUGCGCGUGAACUUUGACGUCGACCGCCUGGUUGUCGAGAAGCAGCUCCCAUCACACCACCGAGAACCUUUCGUUGGCGUUGAUUUGGCUGCGGCUGCUGUGGCGGCUGAACGAAUGGAAGCUAGUUGUAUUCUACAAACUCCAAUCGAUGCAGGCAAAACAGCAAUUACUGACGGAUGCUCAUUUGGCAUGAACGGUUGGUCAGCACGCCCAUCUUAA